AUGAAUUUUGGUGCUUUUCUGAUAAUAUUAUUUAACAUUAAUAUUUAUUUAGCGUAUGGUUUCAAAGACAUCUACACAGAACAUGAUAAUUGUUCAUUGUGUACACUAUCAUUCUUUCGCCGAAAACGAGCCCUAUCUGAAUACACUCGAUGGCGCUCUAAUCCAGAAACGACACAAGCUUUCAUCGUAAAAGUAUUGGAAGAUGAUGUACCCCUUCCAACGCCCCGAAACCAAAUUGUUGAAAAUGUAACUAUCCGCCACACACCUAGACAAAUUGUAGCUGUUAACAUUCAACCACUUAAAAUGGCUGAGGAUAAGAUGAUUGUUGAAAGAGCUACUUUGCGCCCAUCUACAGUAACACCGGACCUAUCCAAGGAGUAUACACGAUUUGUGCCGCCUACAACUUUAACUAUAGCGCGUCAUGAAGGUGACAUAGUCCUAGAUAGAGUAUCUCCGGUUAUUAUUAAUGAUAAAAUUCCCCCCAUAAAACCAAAGAGCAAAGGUAAUGGAGAUCGUCACGUCCAGCGUGAUGAAAGCCCUCCAUCGGGUCCACAGUUUAUUCAGAGGUCCAAUACCGAAGUUGUUAGACAAUAUGCUCCAGUAGCUACUGUUUUUUUCACUAAGCAAAAGACGUUGGGACCGCUAACUCCACGAACUGUUGAUAAAUUUAUAUUAUAUAAAACAUCAAGACAUCCUACAAGAACUUCACCUUUAUCAGAUAUUAUAGUUCCAAUGAGAACGCCUGACUUUUUCAAUAUUUUGACCUUUGAUGACGAUUCAGACAAUCUUAUCAAAUUUGAUAAAGCAUUUCCAACGCGUACAACAUAUAAACCAAUUGAAAGUCUGCAAAAUACUUCUACAAAUAAGCUUAUGAUUGAUGAAGAUGACAAUGCAAUAGAAACAACAAUACGCACGAUCGAUGUUCAGAGACGAAAAGGUAUUGUAAAGAAAAUUACAGAUAAGGAAAUUGAUGCAUAUAACAUGGUACUGUAUGGCGAUGAAGAAGGCGAAAGCACAAAAAAAAAUUUACAUGAAAGUACAGAUUCUUACGAAGACAUUGAAGACAAAGCUAGCAGGGAUAGUUCUGUAAACAACGCAAAAUCUGGUACAUCUCAUGGUGUAGAAGAAUAUGAUAAUACUACCGAAUUACUAUCACAUCUGGAGUAUGAUGACGACGAUGACUUCAAAAAUGGAACAACAUUGACUACCAGAAUUUUACAAGGGCUCGUUGAUUUUGAACUAACAACUAAAUCUUUAAAAGAAGAAAUUAAGAAAAAUCGAACCUGCAAUCUCAUAAAACUAAGACAACUUAGUUUUAAUUCACCCCGUACGCUGCACGAGAUAACAUCACAGCUAAAGCAAUGGGCCGAAGAAAGUCCAGUAGCCAAAUGGAUAGAUAUCACUGCGGGAAAUUUUACCGUCAUGGAAAAUCCGAUUCAUAUGAUGAUUGUAGAUGAUCCGACUAGUGGACAAAUAGUAUCAGCUAAACAGACUGUUAUGAUAAUUGCUGGAAUCCAAGGUAGAGAUCAUCACUCAGUUGCAGCUGCUAUGUAUGUGCUGUACCAACUUAUAGAACGGAGUGAAGCACACGCUGACCUCCUGACCAAAUAUCGUUUUUGGAUUAUUCCUGUAUUCAAUCCAGAUGGAUAUGCGUAUUCCAUGACUUUUCCCCAUCGCAGGGAAUGGAUGAAAAAUCUGAAACAAUCGUGGGCGUCAUGUAAGGCGCGAGAUUCUUGCAAGGCUUGCGAGUUGUAUGGCGUCAGAUGUACAAUUCAACCUUGCUAUGGAGUUAAUUUAGACCGUAAUUUUGAAUAUCAAUGGAUCCCAACUGAAGAGUUACGUUCAGAGCAUCCGUGUGGUCCUCUAUUCGCGGGUCCCAGGCAGCUGAGUGAGGCCGAAACGCGUGCACUAACACACUACUUACAUGAACAAAAGACCCCUCUUUACACCUUCAUAGCGUUUAAAGAGGGAGACGUCUUGGGGGUGAUGUAUCCAUAUUCACAUACGCGCAAGAAAAGAGCUUUUGAUCACGUUUAUAGACAACGAGCAUCAAGUGCUGCAGCUGCUGCUUACAGCAUCAGUGGUCGGCCCUACGUAGCUGGCCAAACUUCGGAAUUCCUGCCGCUUUACGCUGGCGGAAUAGAAGAUUGGGUUGAUGGCCACUUAGGUAUAGACAAUACCUAUACAGUAAUGAUGUUCCGACCUUCAGACUCCCAUAAUUCCAGAAUUAUAACCGAAAGAGUAGUUCACGAAGCAUAUGCGGCUAUAGAUACGUUGCUCUUACAAAGCGUAGAGCCCUUGGGACCACCGCCCGUGACAAUAACUCGAUCCAGAGCAAACAUCGUAUCCCCUUUACCUUUCUUAUUGCUUUUUCUAUCCACAAGAUUAUUAUAUUUUGCAGCUCUUUAG